CCGCAUCUCCCACUGACUGAGGUCAUCAUCAAUGGUGAGACAAGGGGACAGCAGCAUUAUCAUGGAUUCACAUUUGAUGUCCCACAUGCUGCAGCCCUUGGUCCAUUCUACCUCAUCAUCCGCAGUUGCCGGGUAGGUGUCUUUGAAACAUGGCAAUGCACAUCCCCAUAUGUGCUUGGUGUUAGCUGCUCUUUCAGCCACUGCAAGUCACUGUAUGAUGGUCUGAUUUGCAUGCUUGAUGUGAUAGAUCUCAGAGAAGCACAGUGGCUUCCUUAA